CCGGGGUAGUGGGGAGUAGCGGGGUUCCGGGUUGCAUCGUUGCCUUGUUCAAACAGUGGUCAGGCGUGGUCGAGAUGUCUUAUCCGAAGCCCACCCGCAAAAAUCCAACCAGUCCACUAGCCGAGUCCGGAUAACAUGGCCCUUUCCAUGAUUUUAUUUGGAGUUUGUAUGAAUACGUUAGCGUAGAAGAUGUGGGCAAAAUAAAAAUGAAGUAAAAUAAAAUCAAAUAAAAUAGGUACCUGCAUUUGCUGUAGGAAAAAAGCGCAUAUUGGUAUCGAGAUAAACUCUCACGAUGGGCGAGAAAAGUAGGGCGUUUUCGAAGGCUGAGCUUUCGGACCUGGCUGGCAAGAAAAACCUCCAUCUGUUGAUAUUAGGGAAAGUCUAUGAUGUACAUGAAUUCGUGCAUGAGCACCCCGGAGGAGAUUUAGUCUUGCUUGGGGAAGGUGGAAAGGAUGCGACGAAAGCGUUCGAAGAUGUACAACAUAGCGACGAGGCGAAAGAAUUAAUGGAGGACUAUUUGGUUGGGUAUUGCUCGGAGGAUCUGUCGCAGACGCAAAAUCUUGACCAAAUGACGAACCUCAAAGAUCGGAAAUCAAAUACAAGCGUCAGGCGUCUGGCAAAACUAUUUGGAUCAGUUUUCGUAGCGAUCUGUCUGGCUUUACUUCUUGGGCAUUUUAAAUCGGUUGCUACUGGCGGAUGAAGAUUAAUACGACGUAAGCGACAUCUAAGAAGGCUAAUAAAUAUGACUUUUCAGUAUCACGAUAG